GUCUGUGCCUGUGGGUGUGUGCGAUUCGUUACAUUUUAUUAGCGUGUGCACGAAAUACAAUAAAUGAAAAAUUAAUUAUUUAUUUCAAUUUCACAUUUAUGCAUAAACUGCGCUGUCGUUGCUUUUAACGCUGAUUGAAAUGUUGUACCACUUGCUGCGUCGCGUUUAUAUAUCUUAUUUCCUGUUGGACUCAGUUCUUAUACUCAUUGAGACCAUCAGCCAGAAGAUGUGGCAGCAAUACCAGAACCAACUACAGGAACUACUGCAGCAGCUCAAGGAAAUGCAGCACGGGCAUACGGCCUUUGGCUCGACCCGGCUUAGCGGUUAACCGAGUCCUUGCUGUGGCCGUGCGUGCGUAUGACUUUAUUAAAAUUGUUAAUUUACAACGUCGCCAACAACAACAACAACAAUAACGACAACAACAAAAAUAAGUAAAGUAAAACGCGCGUGUUCAGCUCGCAGGCAUUUUACACGUUGUUUGUAGACUGUUCUUACUUUCACUUGCCAUAAAUAUCACACACGUCGUGUUCAUGGUGUUUUUUCUUAUCGCGAAAAUAAAAUAUAUAUGUAUAUAAAUAUAUUAAUAUAUAUAUAUUCAAGUCCAUACGUAUAUAAUUAUGUGUGUGCCCGGCAUUUGGUAAAUCCUAGCUUAACGCACAUGUCCAUUUUGCAACGUAAAAUUAAUAACGCGCAUACGUCGCUGGCCCAGCUCGCGGUAAUUGUCAUUGUUAAUCGAGCGGCUCAGCUUGCAUUUAAAUCACUUCUUAAUGAAGUGAGUCACAUCUUGUGGCUGGAUUACAUGCAGCGACUGUGAGUGCGACUGAACAAUGCAACAAUUUGCGCACACCUCAAUACGCUGCUGCGGCGCAACGGUGGCAACGACUGCAAAAGCACAAAACUUGCGCUCAAGGCAAAAAACUGUACAUGAAACAACUUAAUUAGUUGUUGCGCGAGUCGAGCAAAAAGCCGCAUACACUGCAAGUGCAACUGGAACGCCAGGGAGGGAAUUUUCAGAAAUAUUUGCUCAUUUCGCUUCAUUAGUGCCUGGCAAGAGAAUGUUUAAGGCCAAAGGGAACGGCUGCUGCUGCAAAUGCAGUCAAGGCACGGCCAAACAUUGAGCCCAGACCAGGCCCCAAGCGCAGCUCGUUAGACGGCGCGAGUGAGUGUUAAAUUAAAAAUAAAGCAACAAAAACAAAACAGAAAAUACAAAAAAUACAAAAUUAAAUAUAAACUACGGCCGCAAAACGAAUAGUGAAUAAGGAAAAAACGAAUAGCGUGUAACGUGUAACGAAUAGUGAAAAAAAAAACAAGUGGUAGAAGAAGAAAACGCGUGCAUUCAGCAUGAAUUGCAAUAUUGUAUUAGAAAUGCAUUGGCUGAAACUCAAGGCUGCGACUAGAGCUCGAUCCAGUUGGCGCUUCCGCACCGCAACCAACGAUACCGAUACGGCAAGGACUUCCACAAUGCACAUAACAACUUCCUCCUCGAGCGUCAUCUGGCAACGCCAUUUGGCACUAUUCACACUCCUGCUCCUGCUCGCAGCGCACAUCAAUAUUACUUCCGGUCAAAUCGAUUGGGACGACGACGAUGAUCCAGUUAGCACAGUUGCCGUGGAGGCCGUGCUGGGACGCACCGCAUCCUUGCCGUGUGACAUUGAGCCAGAGGCAAAGGACGAUCGCGUCUAUAUGGUCCUGUGGUUCCGUGAGAGCGCAGGCAAACCACUUUACAGCUUCGAUGUGCGUGGUCGAUCUUUCGAAAAGGCGCUUUACUGGUCGGAUACCAAUUCAUUUGGUCCACGUGCUUAUUUUGUGACCGGACAGCAGCCGGCGAAAUUAUCUGUGGAAAAUAUACAGCUGGAUGAUGAGGGCGUUUAUCGCUGUCGCGUGGACUUUCAGAACUCGCCAACGCGCAAUCAUAGAAUUAAUUUAACGGUUAUUGUUCCUCCGCAUCAAAUACUCGUGUACGAUGCCUCGGGCCGAGAUGUGGCUGGCGCUGUGGGUCCAUUGCUUGAGGGCGAUAAUAUUGUGUUGACAUGUGAAGUGCGUGGCGGACGGCCGGAGCCCACUGUCACAUGGCUGAAUGGCUCGAGAGCUCUGGAGGCGGGCAGCGGCAUAUCGAUGGGACGUCAUGUAACUGUUAACCGACUCGAAGUGCCGCAAAUAACGCGCUCGGCACUCAACAACACCUAUCGCUGUCAGGCGUCCAACACGAAGCUGGUGGCACCUGUGGAGCGCAGCAUACGCAUUGAGAUGUUAUUGAAGCCCACAUCGGUGAAUUUGACGAACAAGCUGAAGGUGUUCUCAUCGAGCACACAAUAUAAUCUGACAUGCAUUGUGGCCGGCUCGGUGCCAGACACCGAAAUCAGAUGGACACAAAAUAAUCGACCCUUCAAGCGUGGCACGCUGUCAACCAGCCAGGGCAAUGGACGCGUCCUAUCCACUUUGUCAUUUUAUCCACAGCCCGAAGACGAUGGCACUAUGCUCAAAUGUGAGGGCUCAAAUCCUCGACUACAAAACUCGGCCAUCGAGGACUCGCUCAUGCUGAAUGUCAUGUAUCCGCCACAGGUCACCCUCUCCCUGGGCUCCACGCUGCGGCCCGAUGAUAUCAAGGAGGGCGACGACGUUUACUUUGAGUGCCACAUCAAGGCGAAUCCCAAGGAGCAUCGCAUCACCUGGUCGCACGAUGGUCUGCCCGUGACACAGAACGUAUCCUGGGGCAUCAUCAUCUCCACGCGCAGCCUGGUGCUGCAGCGCGUGGGUCGCGUUCACUCCGGCUUCUAUGCCUGUUCGGCGGCCAAUGAUCGCGGCGAGACGCAGAGCGCGCUGGUCAACCUGCGAAUACGCUAUGCGCCCGUUUGCAGCAGCAGCACGAUUGGCGUUAUUGGCGCUUCCUUGGAGGAGGCCGUGCCCAUACCCUGCCGCGUCAACUCCGAUCCGCCAGAAAUCGAUUUCGAGUGGACCUUCUCGAGCAGCGGCGAGCACUUCGAGGUGCCGUCGGGACACUAUGCGACCAUACAGGAUCCAACCAUGACCACCAGCAGCGAUGUGCGACACACCGUUGUCGAGUCCAAUGAAACUCACUUCGAGAGCUAUGUGGAAACAGUUAGUGAGCUGAUCUAUACGCCCAAGGGCGAGCGAGACUACGGCACGCUGGCUUGCUGGGGCCGCAAUGCGAUUGGCAAACAGUCGGAGCCUUGUCUGUUCCAGGUGGUGCCGGCGGCCAAGCCGGGCGCAUUGCGCAACUGUACGCUGCGUCCGUAUGUGGUGACCUCUGCGUCUCUCAAUUCAUCGAAUCAGACGACAAUGCACGGCAAUCAAAUGCUGCAAACACAAUACGGCAGACACGAUGCGAAUUAUCCGCACAUGGAAUACGUACGUGAGCGCAAUGGCAACAACAAUAAUGGGCGGAACAAUGCGGCUGCAUCAGCUGCCAAUAAUAAAAAUAUGAAAGGCAAGAGCAAAAUAAAUGCUGGCCAUGUUAAAUCUAAUAAUAAGCAACAACAACAACAGCAGCAGCAGCAAAAAUAUAGCCUGAGUCCACAACAAUUGCAGCGUCUUAGAAAGCGAACAUCAUUUACACCGUCGCAGACAUUGGCAGCCAUUGAGCGUGGCAAGCUGGCCAAGGCAGCGGCCACGCCCACGGCCGCCCACAUCAAUAACAAAACUGAUGGAUUACUGGGCAAGAAGCAGAAGCAGCAGCAGCAGCAGCAGCAGUCAAAGUUGCCACAGGACACAAAGCGGCGUGUGCGGCGUGCUGCAAAGCUGCUUAAGACAGCAACGGCUACAACAGCAACAGCAACAACAACAAUGAAAAAGCUGCAACGUGCAACAAAAUCAAAUUUAUCAUUGUCACAUAUAAAACAGGCUGAAAUAGUUGCUGGCUCGAAUGUCAAAAACAACAACGGCAAACAGCCAGCAAAGUAUUUUAAUAAGCGACAGAAAAACAUGCACAAACAGCAACAACAACGACGACAGCAGCAGCAGCAGCAGCAGGAGCAGCGCCACCAACAAGGGCUAAGCAGCGAGGUAAACGAGCACAACAUAAUCCAUCAUUCUGCAGCAGCCAGGCGAAGCAAACGUCAAGCAGCAAAUGACAUUACGGCAGCAGCAGCAGCAGCAUCAGCCCAAGCAGCAACAGCAGCAGCAGGCACAACAACAACAACCAAGAAUGAGAAUGAUGCCAGCAGCAGCAGCAGUAGCGGCAGCAGCAGCAGCGACAUUGACGCAAUGCUGGCAACAAUGCGAGCACGCAAAUCUUUGGAGCCGAUUGGCAAUGAGAAAGUCAAGAGCAGAUUGCUGCCACCAAAUGCGCCACAAAUUAGCAACAAGCCGGCGGCAGCAGCGCAACAAAUGGCAGCAGCAAUUAGUAGCAACAAUAAGCAAGCAACAACAGCAGCAGCAGCAGCAGCAGCAUCGGCAGCAGCAGCAACAGUUGCAGUUGCUACAGCACAGAAAGAUGUAGUCAAGACGAAGAUAGACAAAGAUGAUGUGCCUUUGUCCACAGAUCAGGCCAGAGUUGCGCUGGCGGAUAACAACGACAACGUCGACAAUGAUGAGAACAAUGACGAAGGCGACGGCGCUGGCAAUGGCAACGGCGCUGGCGAUGGGGAUGACGAGGAGGAGGAGGACGAUGACGAUGACGAUGACAUUGCGGUUGCUGAGGAAGAUGUUGGCGAGCUGCAGACAGAAGUCGACCACGAUGACGACGAUGAUGACGGCGAUGGCGAUGGCGAUGGCGAUGGCGACUACAUAGCAGAUGAGCCCACUGACUUGGUCACGGACUACGAGGCAGGCGCACAACAAAAGCAGCAACCGCAACGACAGCGACAGCAUGUUGAUAUUUCAAGCCUGGAGCAUCAACUGGACUUGGAAUCAUUAGAGGAUGAUGUUGCGGAUGCGGAUGCGGAUGCGGAUGUCGAUGUCGAUGCCGAUGAUGAUAUCUACAAUGUUAGUGAUGAUGAUUUUGUGGCCAGCAUAGCGCUGUCUACGGCAGAAGCCGCAGCACCAGCAUCGGCAACAAAAACAACAACAACAGCAACAACAACAACAACACGACCACAGCAGGAACAGCCAGCCGAUUGGCAGCAACCUCAUUUCGAUUACUCACGCAUGGAAUAUAGCUUCAGCAACGGCGUUGUCACACAAAGCCUGAUUGGUGGUGGUGCCAAUGGCUACGAUGGCAAUUCGGCGGCCGUUGCUGCCGGUGGCGGUGCCACCAUCAACUUUGACAACUAUGACAACAUUAUAUACUCGACGAUGGAGCUGGAGUGCAUGCCGGGCUACGAUGGCGGACUGCAGCAACAGUUCUACCUGGAGGCCUACGACUCAAAGACAAAAAAGCUAAGAUUGAACAUGAGCAGCACCUAUGUGGAUGUGCCCGUGUUUCGCAUCGAUCUGUCAGAUCUUACGCCCAUGGACUACUAUCCGGACUCGCAUCCGGCGCUGCACUUGGUCGUCUACAGUGUCAACCAGAAGGGACGCUCUGAGCCGAUUGUUCUCGAGAAUGUGCCCAUCAAUGAGGCGGACAAGCGUUCAGAUGGACGCAUGGGUCUAUCCAUAUUGCCGCUGGCAGCGCUGCUCACUGGAACGCUCUUCACCGUGGGCAUUGCCGUGUUGUUUGUGGUUGUCAUUGCGGUGCGUCGUCGCCGGUGCCAGGGAGCGCGAAAUUUGUGCGAUGACAAGGACAAGCAUUUGGGUAUGGAUGUGACGGUCACUGCACCGCUGGAGACUGGCGCCGGGCAUCAGCGCCUGGUUGUGGCCUACACGCUGAAGCAGGGCAUCGAGAAGCAGCCGGACAUACUGAGUGCACAAAAAAGCGCAACUGGCAGUGACACAUCGUCGCCGUUGGGAAAUCGACAGAGUGGUUUAUUUAUGGGCGGCAGCAACGGCGCCGCGCCCAGCGGCGCAGCGAAUCAUAAAACUGCGGAAUAUGACGUGAAUGUGCCGCACCUGAACAGCCCGCCCUCGCAGUCCAGCACACUGAAACUGGAAAGUGAGAAUGCAGCGAAAAACUAUCAGCCGCCGGCAGCGGCGGCUGCUCCGCUCCUCUACGAUGCCAUGCCCACGCUUAGUCGCUACGAGCAGCUGGGCCUGAAUGUGGGCGGCUAUGCCGCCGGCGGUGGAGGCAGCAACAGCACGCUCAGCUCCGCCGGCAGCGUGGCCAACUCCACGAGCAAUGCGCUCGGCACUGGCAGCAGCAGCAGCGGCGGCGGUCACUAUGGUGUCCAGCAUUUGCAUCACACUCUGCCCCACGGCAUGGCCACGGGCAGCUUGCCGCGCGGACGGGACCCGCUAACCCUGGCGGAUUACCUGACCACCAGCAGCCUGAUUGACUAUAAUCUGAGCAAGGCGGCAGCCACGGCAGCGCCGAUGGGCACGCAUAUGACGCUGCCCAAGGGCCUGGCUGGUGGUGCCGGCCUCUCGCCAUCGCAGCUAACCACCAUUACACAGAAAUCGAACGCUGGACGCAAUCAUAUCAUCACGGACACGCUGCCCGGCCCGGAGAGCUGCGUCUAAGCUGCGACUAUCGAAUUAUCCUGGCAUCAAACUAAAGACUGGCGCACAACCGAAAACAGAGAUUCAAGAGAAACAAAAAACCGAAACACAAAUCGAAUAGCAAAGCAGUAAUUGAAGUAGUUGAAUGAGAAAUCAGAAUAGUAAAUCUAUAUAUAUACACACAUACAUAUAUAUAUAUAGAGCUAGGGCAAACACUUACUAAAACAAAAAGUAAACUAACUAUUCGUAACUAGCAAACGGUUCUACGAUCGUGUCUCUAAGCAUUCAAUUCUUAUUGUUAGACCUAACUGUAGAUUUUAAUAUUUAGUCAAUGUAUGUGUUCGUGUGCAUGUGUGUCUGUUUGUACAUGUUUAGUGUAAAUGUGUUUCUAGCUGUAAACAUAUACAUACAUAUUUAUACAUAUAUACAUAAAUAGAAAUUUAUAGCCAGGUAGUCAGCAUCAAGUAUGAUCAGAUGUAAUUGAAUAUAUCCAUGCUUCUCUGACAAGGUAUUGGGUGAAGGCCAAUCUAUAAACAUCUGCUAAAUGGAAUUGUAUUACCUUAAAGAAAGAUUUCUGUUAAUUUUGAAUGCGCAUCUUUAAGGGUGAUAUUCGACUUUUAGAUAUCAGUAAAAUAGGUGAAAAUAUAUUUGACUCCACUGAGAUUUUGGUAAUCUGAAUCUAAGAAUAUUUUUAACAGAAGUUGUCGUCAAAGCGGGUUCCUAUAAACAAUCAUAAUAUCAAUUUGAGUAAAAAUAAACUAAGUAUAAACAGUUAUUCAUACUUGAUGCUGAACCUGAGGCCGAACUAUUAUAAAAAAAAAAACAUCUUGUUGAAUUUUGCUGUGUACUUCCAAGCAAACCCCAAAGUGUUGUUAAGAUAAGUUUUCCUUUCCCUCUUUUACUCGAUGAGAACAUAUCCUAC